AUAUGACUGCGAGUUGGUGGUUUAUUCGAGAGGCAGAAGAUGGCGGAUCGAGAGGAGCGUAGAGGUUUGGUGCAGGGAGAAGAUGAUUCAGAGCCUUCCCCUUCAAGUAGCAAAUACGGCAGUAGUUCAGAGAAACAGCUGUCGGCGUGCUGUGACCCCAGCAGACUGCUUCACAGAAUUGUCGUGUUGAUAUUCAUGUGUUUUUUAGGGUUCGGUAGCUACUUCUGCUAUGACAAUCCAGCAGCCCUACAGACUCAGAUAGUGCAGGAUAUGGAUCUGAAUACGUACAUGUUCAUGCAGUUAUAUGCAUGGUAUUCCUGGCCAAAUGUUGUACUUUGCUUCCUUGGAGGGUUCUUGCUGGAUCGUGUUUUUGGUAUACGGUUGGGAACAGUCAUUUUCAGCCUGUUUGUCUGUGUUGGACAGGUAAUAUUCGCUGCUGGUGCUUUUUUUGGUGCCUUUUGGUUGAUGGAACUUGGGAGAUUUGUGUUUGGGAUAGGUGGGGAAUCCCUUGCUGUUGCACAAAACACAUAUGCUGUCAGUUGGUUUAAAGGGAAAGAACUGAACCUGGUGUUCGGUCUGCAGCUUAGUAUGGCCAGACUGGGCAGCACAGUAAACAUGAAUAUCAUGGGGUGGAUCUACUCCAGUGUAAAAGGCUUGGUAGGCUCUCCAGGCCACACAACACUUGGUAUAACCCUGCUGAUUGGUUGUGCAACAUGUAUUUUUUCUUUAAUCUGUGCGUUGGUACUUGGAUACCUAGACAAAAGAGCAGAGAAGAUUCUAAACAAAGAACAGGGAAAGACUGGUGAAGUGAUAAAGCUGACGGACGUGAAGGAUUUCUCAAUAUCCCUCUGGCUGAUAUUCAUUAUCUGUGUUUGCUAUUAUGUGGCAGUUUUUCCAUUCAUUGGACUUGGACAGGUUUUCUUCAUUGAAAAGUUCAGCUUCUCUGCAGAACAAGCCAGAGCAAUUAACAGUGUUGUGUAUAUUAUCUCGGCUCCGGCGUCGCCUGUUCUGGGAUUCAUGGUGGAUAGAAUUGGGAAGAAUAUCAUCUGGGUUAUGUGUGCGGUUAUAACCACUCUUGCAGCCCACAUGAUGUUGGCAUUUACCUUCUGGAACCCUUGGAUUGCAAUGAGCUUACUUGGACUUUCCUACUCCUUGCUUGCCUGUGCGCUCUGGCCAAUGGUGGCUUUUGUAGUUCCAGAACAUCAGCUGGGAACAGCCUAUGGCUUCAUGCAGUCAAUACAAAAUUUGGGUCUUGCACUGAUUUCUAUAGCUUCUGGUUACAUAUUGGACAAUCGUGGUUACUUGUUCCUUGAGGUCUUCUUCAGUGCAUGUGUGUGCUUGGCGUUGAUAGCUGUGGUUAUGCUGUAUUUUGUGGAUCUUCUGAGAGGAGGGGACCUCAAUUUGUCAGCAAAGAAGAGAGGACAACUUCAACAGAUUUCAGAUACAGAAGCUGAGCAAAGGGAACGUCUCCUGCAGCAGAAUAGAGAGGAUCUGGCUCAGCUGAGACCAAUGUCUGCGUUUGGAUUAAGAAAUCGCUACCUUUCUAGACUUGGGGCACAGCUUCCAGACCAUUAUUGCAGCCACCUGUCUUCACUUGCAUUCAGAAGUGUCCUAAAAUAGAAGCCUGGUACAUUGUCUGCUUAUAAUGCCCGGAAUUAUACGACUUGCAUUCAAACCUUCAACACCUUCAAACAAUGUGAUUUCCUUGUUAUGCAUACUGUUGAUCAGGAGUUAGUGCUAAUAUUUUUGUAUUUGUACCUACACUACCAAACCUUAGCAGUGUUGUAAUCAUGCCAGCUGUUUCAGAUGCAUAUAGGAAGCGCCAGAAGAUAUGUACUUUUAUUAUAAAACUGAACUUUAUUGUUGUUAGCAAUAUAACCAGUAUCCAAAGAAACUACUUUUGGAAGAAGUAAUUCAAUUACUGAUUCAGCUGAUAUGACACACACACACACACACACACCUUUUGAUGAAGUGCUAUUAAUUUUUUCUGUAUGAAAUAAAUGGAUAAAGGUUAAAAUUAUUUUAAAACAAAAUACUUUUUUGCCUCAAUUUAACAAUUUGAUGCUCUUUAAGUGUUUGUUGCUGGACAUGAUAAAAAAUAGAUACAUAUAAAGUAAUACAGAAUAAUAUCUUGAAUGCUGUCUUAGGAAACAUGGCCAAUACAUUAGGUCAGGUACAUUGUUUUACUUCAAGCCUGCUGUAUACGUAUGGGUUACACUAAUGCAAUGAGGGCUAUGGUGUAUUUUUGAAGUAAAGCUUUAAAAAGUGUUCACAUCUAGGUUUUUUUUAAGAUUUUUAUUAAGUUAUAUUUUGUACUCUUGGAGAGCAGAUGAGAAUGUAAAGUAUUUGGCUUUUGCACAUAAUGCACAUUUCUAUGCAGCUGGAACUGGAGGAUUCUGAAAAUAGUUGCAACUAUGCGUAAAAUCUGCUUAAGUACCAUUUACCUUGUCAUACCUGGGUAUCUAAUAUAAUUGCAAUGGAAGGUAUGAAUUCAAGUCCAGAAGAAACCUUUACCUUUUUCACACUGCCUAAAUAAUACACAAUACUGGGAUUGUCAUGUAUGUAGGUAGUGUGAAUAGGGUAAUGGUGUGCAUGUGUUUGUUUUUUUGUUUUAUAUUGUCUGUGAUCACAUUAAAUAAAACAUGGUAAUACAAGCUUGUUCUAUGCAUAGUGCUGUGCAUUUAAAGUACAAAAUGGGCUAUGUUCAAAUAAAAAAAUAAGCGUGGUACACAGAAUCAUGUUUCAUUU